AUGACUUAUAAUUAGUUACUUCCAAUUCGAUUGUUGUGGGUGACCAUCAUUUCAAGUCCAACUAGGAGGAAAGCUACUGGUGACCUCGAGGAUGAAGUUAUGGGAUACAGUGUUGGCAUAACAAAAUUUUUCGCCAGCUACCAUGGCAUGUCACAUACGAUUUAAUGAAGGUAACUAAAAAUAAAAAUUUUUUAAUGUUUGGAGUAUAAUUUGAUACCGCAAGUAAAUAUUUAUCUUUACUUACUGAAGGCCAGAUACAUUUUGUAUGUGAGACUAAUGAUUUUAAAGCUAAAUCGUUUUGAAACGCAA